AUGAUCUUACUCGCCUUCAGCACUGCAAGUCGGGGGGAUUUCGUGCAUCAAUCCAGGGUCCUCUUCUUGCAAGCCUUGCUUUGGAUUUUAUGUGCCACCGGAUGCCGAGCGGAGCAGUAUUUUAAUGUGGAGGUGUGGUUACAAAAAUACGGCUAUCUUCCAUCCGCUGAUUCCAGAAUGUCAGUGUUGCGCACUGCAGAGACAAUGAAAUCUGCUAUAGCUGCCAUGCAGCAGUUCUAUGGCAUUAACACGACAGGAAAAGUGGACAGAAACACAAUCGACUGGAUGAAGAAGCCUCGUUGUGGAGUUCCUGAUCAGAUGAGAGGCAACUCUAGAUUUAACAUUCGUCGAAAGCGAUAUGCAUUAACAGGGCAGAAGUGGCAACACAAAUAUAUCACUUACAGCAUAAAGAAUGUCACUCCAAAAGUAGGAGAUGCUGAAACCCGUAAAGCUAUUCGACGUGCCUUCGAUGUGUGGCAGAAUGUAACCCCUCUGACAUUUGAGGAAGUUCCUUAUGUAGAACUGGAGAAUGGCAAGAAAGAUGUGGAUAUUACUAUAAUUUUUGCAUCAGGUUUUCAUGGAGACAGUUCUCCAUUCGAUGGGGAAGGAGGAUUUUUGGCUCAUGCUUAUUUUCCUGGGCCAGGAAUUGGAGGUGAUACUCAUUUUGACUCAGAUGAGCCAUGGACUUUGGGAAAUCCCAAUCAUGAUGGAAAUGAUUUGUUCCUAGUGGCAGUUCAUGAACUGGGACAUGCCCUUGGAUUGGAGCAUUCAAACGAUCCGACUGCCAUUAUGGCUCCAUUUUACCAGUAUAUGGAAACUGACAAUUUCAAACUACCUAAUGAUGAUUUGCAGGGAAUCCAAAAGAUAUACGGUCCACCUGACAGAAUCCCACCACCCACAAGACCCUUGCCGACAGUACCUCCUCAUCGUUCUGUCCCUCCAGCUGAUCCUAGGAAGAAUGACAGGGCUAAAGCUCCCCGGCCACCCACAGGGGAUAAGCCCUCCUACCCUGGGGUCAAACCCAAUAUUUGUGAUGGAAAUUUCAAUACUCUAGCCAUCCUCCGCCACGAAAUGUUUGUUUUCAAGGAUCAGUGGUUUUGGCGAGUCAGAAAUAACAGGGUGAUGGAUGGAUACCCCAUGCAGAUUACCUACUUCUGGAGGGGGCUGCCUGCAAGCAUUGAUGCAGUUUAUGAAAACAGUGAUGGAAACUUCGUUUUCUUUAAAGGUAACAAGUUCUGGAUCUUUAAGGACACCACCCUCCAGCCAGGGUAUCCUCAUGAUUUAAUAUCAUUAGGAAGUGGGAUUCCUCCUCAUGGUAUUGAUUCAGCAAUUUGGUGGGAGGAUGUUGGGAAAACCUACUUCUUCAAAGGAGACAGGUAUUGGAGAUACAGUGAAGAUAUAAGAACUAUGGACACAGGUUAUCCCAAAUCAAUCACAAUCUGGAAAGGUAUCCCAGAAUCACCUCAGGGAGCCUUUGUUCACAAAGAAAAUGGCUUCACGUAUUUCUACAAAGGCAAAGAAUACUGGAAAUUCAACAAUCAAAUGCUCCGGGUGGAACCGGGAUAUCCCAGAUCUAUCCUCAAGGAUUUUAUGGGCUGUGAUGGACCAGCAGACCGGGACAAAGAGCGACACAGCCCUCAAGAUGAUGUAGACAUUGUCAUCAAACUGGACAACACAGCCAGCACUGUGAAAGCUAUAGCCAUUGUCAUUCCUUGCAUACUGGCCCUGUGCCUCCUUGUCUUGGUUUACACUGUGUUCCAAUUCAAGAGGAAAGGAACACCCCGCCACAUACUUUACUGCAAACGCUCUAUGCAAGAGUGGGUGUGAUGUAGGAAUAUUUU